AUCAUACAUAAUUCAAUAAAAUAAUAUAAGACAAAAAAUGUUGUGCAUCAAAGCGAAAGAAUCUUUUGGGACAAGCUAAUAUAUUACUAAUGUAGUAUCGUAAACGAAAGGUCUAAGAGAUAUCGGGCGAACUAUAAACAAUGUCGCGAGAAAGUCAAAGUACCGACAGGUUCAACAAUGUAUCGUCGGUCCUUCGAUCGAAUAGUUUCGCGGGAAAGGUCUGCGUGACCCUGGCCACGAGCGUUUGCGGAACACGUGCGCGGUGGGGCUAAGACAAAAGACAAAGGGAUGCUAAGGGACAAAGACGAAUUAAUAGUCAGUUUGAGUUGAGAAGCCAGAGAGUGCGAAUUGCGUUAUCGAGAUAGUGUUGGAUCCGUGGUGGCAAGAGUUGGUGGCGAGAGUUGCAAAUUUAUCUAGUCGUUUUAAUUAUAAUACGUUAUUGCGGUUGGUCCAUAUUAAAUAAUCAUCGUUUUCUGUUUAAUCCAUUUAUUUUAAAUAAACUAAUUGUAGUAAAGAUCCUUACGCUAAUUUGUUUUUAACAAAAUAAGUAUUAUAUUUCACUGUGAUUUUGCAUUGCAUCAGAAUAGAAAACAUUCAAAAUUACUGAAAGCUGCAAAGAAACUUGAUUUAUAUGUUCUUAAGUAUGUUCGAAAGUAUGACAUUUUUUGUGAAAGUCCAUCUCUAUUCUCGAUUGUCAAAUUUUAAUUUAUUUCGUAAAUAUAAAGAAAAGAAAGAUUUUGAAUGGUCAUUGUUAUAAUUAUAUGCUCAAGCGUAGAAAAUAAUAAAUUCGCCAUUUUGUCUUACGGAUCUUUCUCCUUGUAACGGCACUCGACAAGAUGAUUGCCAGAUGUGGAAACAUCUUCAUAGCAUAUUUUUAACUAGCCAAAGUACCCACUAUAAAUCUUAGGAUUUCUCUAGCUAAGAUUCUUCGAACGAACAAAUAGUCUUUGUCUUCCUAAACCUUCAAACCUAGUCAUUCCCUAAACCUUCUAUUACCAACUACGGAAAGAUACGGGAAAUUUGCCUUUUCUCAGAUACGACGCUUUCCGUUAGCAAUUUUCUUUCGAGGACGGUUAGCAUCCUUCCUCAACCAUCAACCUAGAGAUUAACCAAUAAACAGCAACGUCCAUUUCCCUACACUUUCCUAACGAAGGUUUUCCUCGACGAAUCCGAUGAUCUCGUAUCCUUAGGCACAACCCAUCGUAGUUUUCUUCUGCAGCAUAAUCGUGACGGAAAGUCAGUUGGUAGUUGAUAGUUGACUAGAGUACCUCGACGCAUCUUGGCCAAUCAUCAUCCGAACUCUGCCGAAUCGCUAUCGUAACGCAUCGUCUAGAGGUCGAACUUAUCGAACCACGAACCGCUAAGUGCAAGUUUCGCGAGUUUUACGUAAAGCGUACAUUGAGAGUGUUGUUAGUAAAUAUAGUGUUAAUUAUACUGUAGUACUUGUUCAGUACCUAUUACGACCUAUCUACUUCAGUUUCAAGUUGAAAGGGAAAAAAUUCAAACCUGGAAGAGAUCAAUAUUAUCGUGCCUUUGAAUACUAACCUUGUUUUAGGUUACAAGGUCUACAUUGUUACUGCUGUUUCUUGUAAUUCUUUCUUCUUCAGCUAGAGAUACAUAAGAAGCAUUGAGCGAGCGACGAUCAAAAUCGGCAUACACCAUCUCCGAACAUAUUCUUGUUUCAAUAUAUCUUGUUAUUACAAAUUCAAAGUGGUGACCCCGGCACGCGAUGGAAAACGACAGUGGUGAACGUGCUGUGGUCGAAAUAACAAGUGCCGACAAAGAAGUUACGGACAGCAUAGGAUCUGUAUUUUCCGUAUGCGCUCCGCCAUUCUGGCCCCAAAAAAUCGAGCUAUGGUUCGUCCUGUUAGAAAAACAGUUCGAACUCGCUCGCAUUACCGAAGACGAGAAAAAAUUUUCUAUGACUCUCGCGAACAUCGAGUUACGAUAUUUAGAUCAAGUUCUUGACAUAUUUGGCGACCUGCCGUCGACAGGGCAAUAUGAAUGGCUGAAAAGGAAACUUAUUAAAAAAUUCACCGAUUCAGACAGUACGAGAAUGCAAAAGUUCAUCGACGACGAAAAAAUUGGCGAUAGGACGCCGUCCCAAUUCUACCGGGACCUGAGGAAGCUCGCCCCCAAGUCGGUCUCGAACGAUUUCGUGCUGGCGAUCUGGAAAAAUCGCCUUCCAGAGAAUAUGCAAUAUGUCCUAACCGCCGUGAGCGUAAAUGAGGCGACGAUCCUAACGAGGGUAGCCGACGAGAUGCACGAUAUACGGUGCCAUGCGGAACGAAUGUUAGCAAGAAAUGCAACGAACAGCGAACAACAAAUUCGCGCCUUAAGCAUUGAAGACAGGCUAAGUAAAAUAGAGGCGCGAAUUGAUGCGCUGAGUCUCAACAAUGAGCGCCAACCAAGAUCACGCUCGAAACGCCGUGGAUCGGGUUCCAGUAAAAGAGUCCAGCUGGACAGGCUAUGCUACUACCAUGAAACCUUUCGAGACCAAGCAAGAAAGUGCUGUGCCCCUUGCAACUGGAACCAGAGGAAACGAGACGGUUCAGUAUCCCGCCGCAGAUCCCCCGUAACAGACAGGAGUACGAGGAUCUCCUUCAACGUGAACGCCGGCGCCAAAUUAUGCGCAAACCCGCGCAAUAAACAACGCGGAGCAUCGAGCACCAACAACAACACGAAGAUAGUGCAGAAAUCCGCAGCGCGUUAAUCCUGCCCGAAAUCCGAAACAAACGAAACGAAGAGCGGGCAAUUACGAAGGAGGAAACUGCGGGAAAUAAGAACGUCGUGCGUGCGGGCAAGAAAGUCCGCUUUUCUGAGCGAGUUCAGGUAGAAUUUAGAUAAGUCAAUGGAAUAAGCUUGGUACGUAAAAUCUACCUAAAACGUUGUCACUGGUAAGGGGGAAGCGGCCCAUGACCGUAGAAAAAGUUUAAAUUGAAACGGAAAAAAUUCAACACUGCGAGAGAUCCACGUUAUUGUACUCUUGAAUACUAACGUUGUUUUGGGUUACAAGGUCUAGACUGUUAUUGCUGUUUCUCUUGUAGUCUUCAGCUAGAGUUACAUAAGAAUAUUCUUUUAUGUAAAUAUAUUUUGGUAUUAUAGUACCGUGUGAAUGACGAUCAAAAUCAGCGUACACUAUCUCUGUACAUAUACUUGUUUCAAUAUAUCUUGUUAUUACAAAUUUA